CGCUUGUAAACAAAAACAAAAAAAGAAGAAAAAAAAGGUUAAAUUUUGUAGAAAUUUUGAAAGGAAUUUGAAGUUUGUGGUGUGCAUCUAUGGCGGACAUGGUGAAGUUCACCAUGGAGUGGCUGCAGGAUCCACUGAGCUUGGUGAUCGUCGUGACGGUGGCCGUCCUGGCCAUGCAGAUACCGCGGCGGCGCAGGGCGGCUCCGCUGCCGCCGGGGCCGAAGGCGAUGCCGAUCGUGGGCAACAUGUCGAUGAUGGACCAGCUGACCCACCGCGGGCUGGCGGCGCUGGCGAAGGAGUACGGCGGGCUGAUGCACCUCCGGCUGGGGAGGCUGCACGCGUUCGCCGUGUCGACGCCGGAGUACGCGCGGGAGGUGCUGCAGGCGCAGGACGGCGCGUUCUCGAACCGGCCGGCGACCAUCGCCAUCGCGUACCUCACCUACGACCGCGCGGACAUGGCGUUCGCGCACUACGGGCCCUUCUGGCGGCAGAUGCGGAAGCUGUGCGUGGUGAAGCUCUUCAGCCGGCGGCGCGCCGAGACGUGGCUCGCCGUGCGCGACGAGUCCGCGGCUCUGGUCCGCGCCGUCGCCGAGUCCCGCGGCGAGCGCGCCGUCAACCUCGGCGAGCUCAUCUUCAACCUCACCAAGAACGUCAUCUUCCGCGCCGCCUUCGGCACGCGCGACGGCGACGGCCACGACGAGUUCAUCGCCAUCCUCCAGGAGUUCUCCAAGCUCUUCGGCGCCUUCAACAUCGGCGACUUCAUCCCCUGGCUCAGCUGGGUGGACCCCAACGGCAUCAACCGCCGCCUCGUCGCCGCGCGCUCCGCCCUCGACCGGUUCAUCGACAAGAUCAUCGACGAGCACAUGAAGCGCGGCAAGAACCCCGACGACGCCGACGCCGACAUGGUCGACGACAUGCUUGCCUUCCUCGCCGAGGCCAAGCCGCACGCCGGCAAGAACCCCGACGACGCCGCCGCCGCCGCCGACGCCGACCUGCACAACACCCUCCGCCUCACCCGCGACAACAUCAAGGCGAUCAUCAUGGAUGUGAUGUUUGGAGGGACGGAGACGGUGGCGUCGGCGAUCGAGUGGGCGAUGGCGGAGAUGAUGCACAGCCCCGACGACCUCCGGCGGGUGCAGCAGGAGCUCGCCGACGUGGUGGGGCUCGACCGGAACGUGGCGGAGUCGGACCUCGACAGGCUCCCCUUCCUCAAGUGCGUCGUCAAGGAGACGCUCCGCCUCCACCCGCCCAUCCCGAUCCUCCUCCACGAGACCGCCGAGGACUGCGUCGUCGGCGGCUACUCCGUCCCGAGGGGCUCCCGCGUCAUGAUCAACGUCUGGGCCAUCGGCCGCGACCGCGGGGCCUGGAAGGACGCCGACGUGUUCCGGCCGUCGCGGUUCGCGCCGGGCGGGGACGCCGCCGGCCUCGACUUCAAGGGCGGCUGCUUCGAGUUCCUCCCCUUCGGCUCCGGCCGCCGCUCCUGCCCCGGCAUGGCGCUCGGCCUCUACGCGCUCGAGCUCGCCGUCGCGCAACUCGCCCACGCCUUCACCUGGUCGCUCCCCGACGGCAUGAAGCCGUCGGAGCUCGACAUGUCCGACAUCUUCGGCCUCACCGCGCCGCGCGCCACCCGCCUCUCCGCCGUCGCCACGCCCCGGCUCACCUGCCCAUUGUACUGACGUCCCCUGCCCGCCGCCGCCGGCGACCGCGACGGCGUACAGUAAUCGUGUCAUGUAUCAGCUGCGAUCGUUUUGCAGGUCAAUGCGUUCAAAA